UUGUAGAACACGCAAUUGUAUAAAAUACAUAAAUACGUUAUUGUUUAAAACUCAUAAUGACGACCGUUUUUGUAAUUUUAUAAAAUUUGUUACGCACGAAUUCUUUUGUGAAUUUCAUGUUUAUUCGUCGUGGUGAAAAUGGUGAAAUUUUGGUGGAUGUUCAUAUUGUUCGCGAAAACGGCUUCGGCUAGUGAGAAUGAGUUGCCGGGAUCGGAAUCAGAGAAAAGUUCGAGAUUCCUGCCUCUAUAUGAAAUGAAGCGCUACGAUAGACCGAUCGGCCCAAGCCUUCCUCCAUUAACCUCUGUGCCUGUAAGUGGAGAUAGAUGCUCAGCGCGUCUGGAAACAGCCUUAGACCAGUUGAAGCGAAGAAAAAGAAACCAACCAAAGAACUUGGAUACCCCACAUAGUCAAAGCAUAGAUCUAAAUGGAUACAGCUUAUACCAAACGAUGAGGAGCGCGCCAGUUGAUAUGUACGUUACAAGGAUGCGCGUGCGACUACCGCAAAACAGUAACUGGGUUCGUGUAGAAAAAUGUUAUUUCGACCCGAGGAAUAUAUCCCUCGAUACGAUGCUAUUAUUUCACGACCUAACUAUAAGCGGUAACGUAGACUUAUACGAGGCAAGCGACCUUGAUCGAACAAUACCACCGAGUAGGCGAUUGAGAAGAAAUUAUGCUCAAUACGAUCAAUAUUCAGGAUAUCAAAAAAUUAGAGACGAACGAGGUUGUAACAUGAUACUAAGACUAAGAAAAGCUGGAAUCGGAUUCCAUACUAGACCAUUAAAUCAGCAACCUGGUAAAUUUAACGUUAAAACUGACUCAGAGUUCGUUGAACCUGGAUUUAUAAGUGUAUACGCAUACGGCUGCGAAAAGUAUAUAAAUAGAAACUCUAUUAAGAACAAGGAUAGUCUCCCUCUAAAACGCAAAAGAAGAUCUGAUGAGUUUACUUUUGAUCCUCUUUUAGAUACAUCCAUACCCGAAGAGAAAAAUUUAGAUGGUAGAUCGAAUAAUUGGGAUAUAGUUUAUGAGCCAAGCAAUACUAGACUUAAUUAUGAAAGGAGUAAGCUUUUCAGACCAGAGGAUGAUUUAGAUGAGGUGGAAGAUAUUUCGCGUGAGAUGGAAGACAUAUUUACUAAAGGUAUAAGAACUCUUUUAACGACAUAUAUGAAAAAAGAAUUACAGCCAGCUAUAAAAGAUACCUUGAUGAGAAACAUGGGAUAUGUAAUAUCUUAUGGUUAACCACUGAUAUUAAAUAUAAACUUAUGCAUAUGAAAAAAUAAUAGAAUACAAGUUUUUAUUAAUCUUAAUAAAAUAUAUUGUAAAUAUAACCUUA